GACAACAAUUGCGCAAGAGGCCGUACAUACCAUGUCUCACACGAAUUGCAUACCAAAAGUUCAAGGUCAAAGUGCCCGACUGGUAGCAACCAUCUUCUAUAACUCGUUGGCCCCGAGACAUCCUCACAUUCAUCCCGAUCAGUCACCACAAGCAAAGCCUACGGAGCCUUUGCCAGUCCCUGAAAUCGCUGAAGGUUCUGCUCCUACUACUAGCAUCGCCGAUUAUCCUCUGGAACCACCAGCUCCCGAACCUGAGCCCUUGGACCAUCUGUACGGUGCUUAUGUCUCGCAACUGUGCCUGACCCACUUUCUUGCUACAUUGGACAGCCUUUUGAUUCACAAUCAUGCUUCAGAACGCCGCCUGACCAGUAGCCAUCGCUGUCUCUCUCCAGAUCCAGUCAAGCCUCGUGUUGUGGAGGUCACCUUCAACCCUCCGCCGAAUCCAGAGUAUCUACCCUUUGAGCUUAUCACCAAGCAUGAAUCCAUCUACAAAUUCGAGCGCGAAUGGAAUUGUGAGGUCAUUCUUCAGCAGUCAACCGUGUUUCGCCGACACAAGCGACUGUGUGUCUUUGACAUGGAUUCUACACUGAUUCAACAGGAAGUUAUUGAUGAGGUUGCUGCUUUCGUCGGUGUCAAGGACAAGGUGGCAGAGAUCACAGAACGAGCAAUGAAUGGGGAGUUGGAUUUCGCAGCUUCAUUAAAGGCACGUGUUGCACUACUCAAGGGGGUGCCUAGUGAUGUCUUUGAGCGGCUGAAGCCACAUAUUGUCAUCACUCCAGGGGCCAGGGAGCUGUGUAAAGCACUCAAACGUCUUGGCUAUACCCUUGCUGUCCUUUCUGGUGGCUUUCAACCUUUGGCCGACUGGCUGGCCGGUGAAUUGGGUCUGGAUCACGCAUUCGCCAAUCACCUGGUAUCUGACCCAGAGACUAAAACCCUGACGGGCGAACUGAACCCUGACUACCCCAUAGUGGACUCACAGCACAAGAGGAACCUCCUCAUUAGCCUCGCUGCAGGCAAGGAUAUUCCCCUCCAACAAACAAUGGCAGUUGGUGAUGGGGCGAAUGAUAUUCCUAUGCUCAAAACAGCAGGCUUGGGGGUGGCUUGGAAAGCAAAGUCCAAGGUGCAAAUGGAGGCUCCUGCAAGGCUCAAUGUUGCAGAGAACAUGCUAGAUCUGGUGUAUCUCUUGGGACUGACCAAACACGAAGUUGACGAAUUGUUGCAAGCCUAAAGAGUUUGGCAUACGACGGGCGAAGAGAAGUAACAGGCGCUG